AUGGAUCGCAAGUUCAUCACGCGGCGUCCCUACGUCCCUACGACGCUGGAGCUCAUCACCGUUGAGCCCAAUUCGCGGGCCCGUGGAUUAACGCUUAACGCUUCAUUUUACCUAGAAUCCUUCUGCAACUGCAACUACCGAUUCCACCUGUUUGUGAUCAUGGCUCACAAUGAGUCGUUUUACAGUGUCGUGCAAUGGGAUUUCGUGCAUGAGGCACCAUCUGGUGCAUCUCAUCCUUCAACAACGCACGGGAUCACGGUGGUUUUCGCCGAGGACACGGCCUUCAUCUUCUCCGUGGCCGCGCAUGACAGUGUUAUUUAA